GCCCCAGAGUGCCCUGCGCUCUCCUCCGGUACUACUUCCGGUUGCCUUGCGCAAGCUCACAUCGUUGCAGAAUGCGGAUUUAGAAGCUAGCGGGAAUAGCUAGCCACUAAGCUAAAAACAAGGUUCUCGUUGUGAGGCUUCAAACGGCUAGAAAUGUCCAAAACACACGCGCAACCCCCGUCGUCUUCGGCGGCGACGACCACCGGGGGACCCUCCUCAUCCUCUUCGUCUUCGCCCGCUGGGGGCUCGACUUCUCCCGCAACCGUGUUGAACGUGCAGCCCGAGAAACCUCAACAUUACACUUAUUUGAAGGAGUUCCGCACUGAGCAGUGCCCCCUGUUCGUACAGCACAAGUGUACACAGCACCGGCCCUUUUCCUGUUUCCACUGGCACUUCCUGAACCAGCGGCGGCGCCGACCCAUGCGCAGGCGGGACGGCACCUUCAACUACAGCCCAGAUGUGUACUGCACCAAAUACGACGAGGGGACGGGCACCUGCCCGGACGGAGACGAGUGUCCAUUUCUACACCGGACAGCCGGUGACACAGAGCGCCGGUACCACCUCCGCUACUACAAGACGGGAUCCUGCAUUCACGAGACGGACGCUAAAGGCCAUUGUAGCAAAAACGGUUCCCACUGUGCCUUCGCCCACGGGUCACAUGACCUGCGCAGCCCCGUUUACGACAUCAGGGAGGUGCAGGUGAUGGAGUCUCAGGGAGGCUCGGGGCCCGCAGAGGGAGGUGGAGGAGACGGACAGUCGGCAAGCACCGCCCUCAUCGAGAAGAUACUGAGCGAGGAGCCACGCUGGCAAGAUAACAACUACGUGCUGUCCCACUACAAGACGGAGCUCUGUAAGAAGCCCCCCCGCCUGUGCCGCCAGGGCUACGCCUGUCCGUACUACCACAACAGCAAAGACAGGAGGCGCAGCCCGCACAAGCACAAAUACAGAGCGUUGCCAUGUCCGGCCGUGAAGCAGAGUGAGGAGUGGGGCGACCCCAGUAAGUGUGAGGGGGCGGAGGGAUGCCAGUACUGCCACACGAGAACAGAGCAGCAGUUCCACCCGGAGAUCUAUAAAUCCACCAAGUGUAACGACAUGCAGCAGUGCGGCAGCUGCCCCCGAGGGCCCUUCUGUGCCUUUGCUCACGUAGAAAGGCCCUUCGUUCCAGAGGAGCCGCCGUUCCCCACGCCCAGCUCCCCUCCCCCCCCCAGGCCUCCAGACCCUCUCCCCGCACAGGAGGCGUGUUCAAGCCCCGGCGGACACAGCGCGCCUCACAAUCCGGGCGCCGUGUCGCACGCCUUCUCCCCGCCCGCGGGGUCCUGCGUGGCGGAGCGCGGCCUGCUGGGUAGCGUUCUGUCUCUGUGCGAGGAGAUGAGCGAACGGGCGGAGCCGCUGUCCCCCUGGGCCGGGGAGAGGGGGUACGGCCGGGCACCGGGGUUCGAGAGGGAGGACCAGGCGAAGCAAAGAAGCUUUGCCCUCGAGCAGCGACAAAGCAAACAGGACUUGUUGGUGUUCCUGCCCGUGGGGAGCCCCUUGAGUCUGUCCUCCAGCAUCCCUUCCAGUCUGGCCGCCACCCCGCCAAGCCCCGCCCCUCUCGGACCCCCGGGAUCCGGCAUCCCCUCGGGCAUGAACGCCAACGCCUUGCCCUUCUACCCCACCAGUGAGACCGUGGAGUCCGUCGUCGAGUCAGCCCUGGACGAUCUGGACAUGAAUGAUUUUGGCGUGUCGGUGUUGGAGAGGAGCUUGGAGAGCAGCGCUGCUCUGCCGGCUGUGGGAGGAGGAAGCCAGUUUCAGAGUUCGGCCCCGGUCAAUAUCCCUGGCUCCUUUAGCAGCUCCGCCCCUUUCCGCUCCCCGUCGGCGUCUCCCCCAAUCCGGCCGCACACGUCACCGUUCUUCUCCAGGCACCUGUCGCAGCCCGGCCAAUCAGAAAGCACCUUUUUGGGACCGUCUCACAGCUCCCUAGGUCUGAACGGUAUGAGCACUAACAUCUGGGAGCACUUCCCGUCGGGUCAGGGCUCCCCCGGUACCCCCCCCACGCUGCUGUCCUCCGGAGCAGAGACCUCCAGGCUCAAGCAGGAGCUGGAGGAGGCGCACCGGGCCCUGAAGCAGUGGGGCCACAGCUGGAGACACACAGCUCAGUCGUGGGCGGCGCUGAAAGCCGACGCGGAGGAGUCGCGAGCCCACGCGGCGCGGCUCACCGCCGAGGCGGAGAGAGCCCGGCAGGCGGAGGAGGAGGCGCAGAGGCAGGCGUCGCUCCUGCAGGAGGCGCUGGAGAGCCUCCGGAGCGGAGACAACCCCCAUCUAGCGCUGCAUCAGCUCCAGCUGCUCCACCGGCUGCCCCUGGAGUCGGUGCUCAGCCUGCAGGCGCAGCUCUGCAGCUGCUUACACGCCGUGGAACAGGUGGUGUACAGGAAACAGAGACAGUGCUGCGUGACGUGUGGCGAGCCGGGCUCAGCGCCGCUGCCCUGCGGCCACGGGCUGCAGUGCGAGAGCUGCUCCGCCUCCACCGAGUGCCCCCUGUGCCCCGAACAGAGCCCGGAGCAGCAGCUCUCCUGACCCCCCCGGCCCACUCGGACCACCGCAGAGCCCGAACCUGUCGGUCCUGAUUCCACAGACACGCACCAGCCCUGGACCUCGACCGCAAUUUUAAAAAAUCACGUGGCGGUCAUUUUAUACCGUGGGGACGACGCGGCCGCUGGUUUGGUAUUUAGUAUUUUUAAGACGUUUCCUGAUGAAGGACCGGCACCGGUCGACAAGUGAAAGCUCUUUCUGUGGAAUUUAGAAUUAAUAAUUUUUCUAGUGGUUACCCGUGGACCACCAUUACUUUUUUUACUAAAGCUCUUGACCAGCAGCACUGUUCUCGACUGUUCUCUAACUUCACGAUCCGCUUUUAUUUCAUCUCCACCCCGUAACGACAUUUCAGGUAACAUUCUCAAUCAUAUUUUGAUACGUGUGAAAGUAUAAAUUCACCGCCCAGAAGGAUAUUUUAGGAUAUGGAGCUUCUGGAUAGCAUCAAAAGAUGUCCGCUGUCACCUUGUUACAACAUUUGUCAAUGGCAUUUGUUUUUUUGGCACUAAAACACCUCAAAAGAUUUUAUAUUAAAUUACCCAGUUCUGUCUUUCUCCUGAAAUCAUGACCGUUCCUCGUGAUGAGUCACAGUCCUUAUUAACUGCCGUCCUUAUAAACCGCAAUCGGAAAACACGGUCCUCAUAAACCACAUUCAUCAUAAUCCGGAGUUUGGAGAAAGCCAUGUUCUACUGGAGGAUGCCACUCGCUGCACGGCACACAGAAUGACCCCGGGUGAGAUGGAUGUGAAUGUGGAGCUGCAGUGGUUUGAAUACUCGGGGGCCAUGUUGCAUCACUGGCUCACUCUGCUGUGUGUGUGUACGUCAUAUUUAGGGCACCAUGUGUCAUGAUUUUUCUGAAAAGAGGCAAGUUUAGUCUGAUAUGCAUAUUCAGCUUCAUCCAGACAAUGAUCCUAUAUUGCUGCAGCCAUGCCAGUCUGCUGGAGGCGCUCUCCUGGGUUAUAAUCCUAAUUUCAUUUUUCAUUUUUUUUAUUAUUCCAAAAUUAUCUUUCUAGCAAAAAUCAUUUGAAAAUGGUCAAAUGCUGUUGAAUGACAUAUUAAACAAUGUAGUAAUGUUUGUUUAAAUGUACAACAGAUGGCCUCUUUUAAAACUCUCAGGUUUUCUCUCAUAUUCCCCGACCUCAACUGGAAGAGGAAAGCAUGUUAAUACAAUCAAAACAAAUGUAUUCAGUCAACUUGUGACUCCCCUAGUCUUUGAAAUUAUAUUUUUUCUUUCUUUUGAAAGUUUUUUUAUGUCAACUCAGACAUUCAAACCUUUGUUAAAACUUAUUUUCUGUCACAUUUUUUAAACAUUUGUGGUUAUCGUUGACAUUUCUCAGUGUGUCAAAUGUAGUCAUUAAUAUAUAUUUAUAUAUAUUAAUAUAUGUAUAUAUGUUAAUAUAUAUAUAUAUAUAUAUAUAUGCCAGACUUAUCUCUUGCACUUAGACCAAGUGCCAUGAAGCAGAGGUUUAAAUGCAGGUGUGAAAGUGUUCAUGAUCACUGUGAUGGUCUUUGGUGAACCCAUGCUCAGUACUGUCCACACACACACACACACACACACACACAACUCAUCCGACACCAGUGUUUCUUUCUGAGUGGGUAUUUCUUUGUUUUUGGUACAGAUCAUUAAAGAAUAAAUUGUAUAUUUUUGGAAGGAA